AUGGUGCGGCAAUUGAAGCCGCCCGCGCGACAGAAACAAGGGGAGAGUGCGCGCGGCUGUUCGCCUUCGAGGCCUUUUGAUUUCGAAGACAGCAGCUACUGCAUGACAACGUCGAAGGCCCGCCAGUCGCAAGGCUUUGCAAGCUGCGAAACCCAGCGGAGAGAGAACGCGGCGCGACUACAAACAAAGCGGCGCCGAGCCCUUUGGGGCUCGCGCGAGCGCCUCCGAAGUUCCCGCCGUGCCGGCGCCCGCGCGCCCGCGUUUGGGCUUCCGGCCUGUGUUGCCCGCCCCCCCUGCGUAGGCGCCCUUUGGCGGGGCUGCGCCUCCUGCGCUUGGUGCCUGCCCUCCCGACAGCUUUGCGGGGCCUUGCCCUUCGGUUGCGCGGGGUUUUUCACAGCCGCCGGCGGUGUGAUCGGUUUGCGUAUCAACUUGCGCACAGCCCUUCAAAAGGCACAUCGUCGCAUUGUUUCGCAUGCGCUCUGCCGCCGGCAAGUGCCGAGCAGGCAGCGAGCCAGAAUUGCCGUGCCCACGUCCGUGCGCGCCGCGCAAGAACACAAUCAGCGCAAGCUCCAAUCUCUUGAGGCUGUCAACAUCUAUGAGCGCAGUGUUUUCGCUGUCGUUUCGACCGCGCAAGCGUGCUCGGGCCCUGGCAUUGCCGGCACAUUGUGUGAGCGCCUGUUGAUUCUUCGGAACACUAUCUGA